AAUGCAAAUUUAAUAUUAGGUUGAUGUCAUUAAUACCAAUCCGCGUUUCAACCUUUCUGAUUUCCCAUCUGAAUUUCUCUACAUAUUCUGAAGUCUUCAAGAUUCCUUUUCUUUCUGGUUGUUUCCUGGAAAACUCCUUCCAUGGGACAGAAAACUAGAAAACUUUCAGAUGAAUAUGAAGUUUCUGAAAUUCUUGGGAGAGGUGGAUUCUCAGUUGUGAGAAAGGGCGUAAGGAAGAGUGGAGAGACAAGUCAUCAUGUAGCCAUCAAGACACUCAGAAGACUAAGUCCUUCAGGAACUCCUCGCAGCAACUUUCCGACAUGGAAGCAAGUUUCCAUAUCGGAUGCGUUGCUGACGAAUGAGAUCUUGGUCAUGAGAAAGAUAGUUGAAAACGUUUCACCUCAUCCUAAUGUGAUUGACCUUUAUGACGUCUACGAGGAUCAAAACGGCGUCCACCUUGUGUUAGAGCUUUGCUCUGGCGGCGAGCUAUUUGAUCGGAUCGUAGCUCGGGAUAGAUACUCGGAGAUUGAAGCAGCAACAGUUGUUAGGCAGAUUGCAAAAGGAUUAGAUGCGCUUCACAGAGCCAAUAUCGUACACAGGGAUUUGAAACCGGAGAAUUGUCUUUUCUUGAAUGAAAGAGAAGACUCUACUUUGAAAAUCAUGGACUUUGGAUUGAGUUCUGCGGAGGAAUUCACAGAUCCAGUUGUUGGGUUGUUUGGUUCUAUUGACUACGUUUCACCAGAGGCUCUUUCUCAAGGCAGAAUAAGUUCUAAAAGCGAUAUGUGGUCUUUGGGAGUAAUCAUGUACAUUCUUCUCUCUGGGUAUCCACCAUUCAUCGGACAGUCAAACCGGCAGAAGCAACAAAUGAUAAUUGCCGGUGAAUUCAGUUUUUACGAGAAGACUUGGAAGAAUAUUACUUCUUCAGCAAAGCAAUUGAUUACUGAUCUCUUACAAGUUGAUCCUACUAGGAGACCCAGUGCUUUAGAUGUUCUGAAUCAUCCAUGGGUGAUGGGUGAAUUGGCGAAAGAGGAACAAAUGGACCCUGAGAUCAUGACAAGGCUGCAGAGUUUCAAUGCACGUCGCAAACUCCGAGCUGCAGCAAUAGCUAGCGUGUGGAGCAGCACAAUUUUUUUGAGAACCAAAAAGUUAAAAUCUUUACUUGGCUCGCAUGACCUUAAAGAAGAAGAAAUUGAGAAUCUCAGACUACAUUUUACAAAACUAUGUGCAAAAGGUGACAAUGCUACUUUAUCAGAAUUUGAAGAGGUGCUCAAGGCAAUGAAGAUGUCGUCGCUAAUUCCUCUAGCACCACGCAUCUUCGAUCUCUUUGACAACAAUCGUGAUGGAACAGUUGACAUGAGAGAGAUCCUUUGUGGGUUCUCUAGCCUGAGGAACUCUCAGGGAGAUGCUGCUCUUAGACUCUGCUUCCAGAUGUAUGACACGGACAGAUCUGGAUGCAUCACAAAGGAAGAAGUGGCAUCCCUACUCAGGGCUUUGCCAGAGGAUUGCCUUCCUGCAGAUAUCACAGAACCUGGAAAACUGGAUGAAAUAUUUGAUCUAAUGGAUGCCAACAGCGAUGGAAAAGUCACCUUCGACGAGUUCAAAGCUGCCAUGCAGAGAGACAGUUCCUUGCAGGAUGCACUACUCUCCUCGCUUCGCCAACAAUAAUUUUGUUUACCUUCCAAUUAUGUUCUAAAUUUUCUUCCAAAAAUUUCUGCUUAUAGGAAAUAGAAACUGCAAAAGAAUGAGAAGAAAGAGAUAUUUGUAUUAAUUUCAUGUGAACAUGCAGCGAAUACAAUGCAAAACUCAUCCGUGCAUGCUUGAAUGGGUUUCAUUUUAGUAGCAAAACGCCUUCAGGACGA